UUACUUCCUAACGUUUCGCUAGCACGAGUGGCGAGCUUCUUCAGAGGUCCUUCCAUCUCCGAUGUUGGACGUAGACGUUAAACCUGAAUGAAUAUAAUAGCUUAAAAGAAGAAGAUGUCAAAUUAAGAAGAUUUAGAGUCAUUCAAGAGAUGUUAAUGUUCAAAUAGAUUUAUAUAUAUUUUUUAAUCCAAACGCUUGUUUAAAAAUGAAUUUAAACGAAGAUCGAGAACACGAAAUCACAAACAAAUUGGAAAAAGAACAGGCAAAUUUGUCCUUGUUACAAGAGAGGCUACUGAAAAGCGGGCAGAUUACGAAAAGCAUUGGAAAUAUUCUAAAUACGUUCGAACAAAGAUUAUCCCGACUAGAAGAGACUAUUGUCCCGGUGUACAAUGAAACUGAAAGUCUUCAGAAGGCUCAGUACAAUAUUGAUAGGACUUUGCAGUUGCUGGACAAUGUCGUUAGUUAUUAUGAAGUGUCCAGUGAAGUGGAACAUAUAAUAGAAAGGGGGCCAGGUGAAGGACACGCCGAGUUGGACACUUAUAUCGAAGCCUUAAAUCGAUUAGAUAAUGCACAGAAAUAUUUCGAAAAAAAUAUUCCCCAAAGCGUUGAGCUUAUCAAUGUGUCAUCUUUUUUUCAUAAAGGCAGCGACAGGCUGAAUGCUGAGUUUAAAAUAAUAUUGGAUAAGUACAAUACACCACUUUUACCAGUGGUUCUAUUAGAAUUAAUUAGUUUCGAAGAACCCAAAGAAUGCAAGGUUUACCCCAAGCAAAUCCCAGUAGAAGCCAAAGACCAGCUGGUUAAAAUAUCCUCGUGGUUGCUGAGUCAUAAUCGGGACGAAUUUUUGACGGUUUAUGGCAAAAUUCGAGGCGGCGUGCUGCAAAGGUCUUUAACGAUGCUCAGAAAUCACCAAAAGUCCGUUAGCGGUGGCAGCGUGCACGGCACUUCAGGUUCCCCCAUGCUGAAACCGAAAUUUCAGAACAGGCACGAAGCCAAACGUCAGCCUUCCACGAGGAGGCUUCAGGCAUUCGAAAGGAAAGCAAACAGGAUGUUCCUGAAAGCUUCGCAGACUUUGGAGCAUUCCACCGGUCUUACUCUGGGCAGCAGACGAGCUUCGCAUCUAGAUACCUCGUAUACCGGUGAAGAGGUAGACAACGAACAAGAAAUGGAAAACUAUCUAGUGUGCGUUAUCGCUUUGCAUAAACUGAUGCAGAUCGAGCAACAUUUACUAAAAGAAAUUAUAACUCCAGCCCAUCGGCCCAGAGUGUUUGAGCUCGUCGUUCGCGAUGCUAUGGACACCAUAGUUCAGGACGGUGAGAAUAUCGUGGCACGAGCUAAAAAAUGCAUUCAAAGGCACGACUUCGGUACCGUCCUGGUUAUCUUCCCCAUAUUUAAGCAAUUGCGAGCGCUCAAACCCGAUUUCGAUAGAACUAUAGAACAAUGCGACCCCAACGUCAAACUAAAGUUCGAGUCCAUUUUACAGAUGCUCCAUUCGACUGGAUCGAAAGCUUUGGAAGACUUCAUAGAGAGUCUCAGGUCGGAUUCUGUGACGCAAUUGCCGCCAGAUGGCACUGUGCACGAACUAACGAGCAAUGUGAUUAUGUUCCUGGAACAGCUGCUCGAUUAUAUAGAUACUAUUGGUAUAGUUUUGUUGCAGGAUCCCAAUUACUCGAAACAACUUGAAAAACUCAAGUAUUCUGAUCAAAAUAAAGCCCUGCUGGGCCUCUAUAUUAAAAAGGUAUUGGUCCAGUUGAACCACACGUUGAUCAGUAAAAGCGAGCAAUACAAUGACGGCGCCCUAAAAGCCCUUUUCAGAUUGAACAACAACAAUUAUGUCUUGAAGUCUUUACAAAGGAGCAGCCUGCUAGAGCUGUACCUAAUUUCCGAGCCCAAAUGCGAGGAGUACUACUACAGUUCCAUACAGGACCACAAAAAAGCGUAUUCUCAGAGCUGGAACAAGCUCUUGGGUUACAUAGACUCGGACGAUCCCUAUUUUCACGGGGACAAAUUGAAAGACAAGGACCGUGCCGCGAUAAAGGAUAAAUUCGCCGGUUUUAACAGAGAAUUCGAAGAGAUAUCCAAAGUUCAAAGGGGCUACUCCGUCCCGGACGUUGAACUUCGGGAAAGCAUCAAGCGGGACAAUAAGGAGCUGAUCAUUCCAAAAUACGACGCUUUCUAUAAUAGGGGGUGGAGGUAACAAACUGAAUCAAUAAACCUAACCAUAUAACUACUAGACAUAUAGAAGCCCAGCCUAUGCUGACAGUACAGUUUUUAACCAAUGACAGCUCUAAUUUCAAAUUCUGCCCCACAAGAACAACAUGGCCGCGGACAGGUCGUCAAUAAGUUUGGAUGCGGAAUUGUAUAUUCCCAAAAUAUGUCGAAACGCUAUUAAAUUGUCAGGCAAAAAAGAAGCGAAGAUCUGGAAAAAGUUGUUUAAAAAAUUAGCGACAAAUGCAGCAAUGUAGAUACUAUUUUUACCGAAUUUUUUUCAUAUAAGCUAUUUUUUCGGAAUCUGCAAAUUUUUAAAUCUUAUGCCAAUGACAGAAAAAACAAACGACGAUCACAAGUUGUCAAAAUAACAUUUUUUUUUAAUGGAAUGCC